CUUCUCCAAUGACGACGGAGUGACUGUUUUCCGCUAAUAGGGUCUUUCCAACGCCACUGUUUCCUAUUCACGGCGGUGGAUUUCCCGUGUUGGCGGCAAUUCGGCCAAGGGAUAGGCAAGGCCGAGAUUGCCAGUUACGGACUUACUUGCGAACUUGGCUUCAUGGUAUUGCGAUUCUGCAGAUAGAUAGUCUGUCCCGGUUGCACGAUCGGCAUGGACUCAGCAAUGGCUGGCCGUUUGGAGAUAUAAGGCCGUGGUCCCUCUCAUAUCGAACCACACUUCUGCUUGAAAGUCUCAUCCUGUUAGGGUUGACCCGACACUGGGAAUUAACCGGCCAUUUCAACAAGAACAAUCAGUCGAUCAGCAAGACGCCGAAGGACACAACCCAUCACCAUGUUUUCCUCCGGCCUCGCCGGUCUGCUCCUGCAGGUGGGCCUUUUCAUCGGGGUCCAGCCAGCCGCGGGGCAAGCGUCCGGGCCCCAGCCGUUCGACAUGAGCAGCAUCGCCCUGACCGACAGCCGAUGGAUGGAUAACCAGAACCGCACCGUCAGCUACCUGAAAUGGGUGGACGUCGACCGGCUGCUCUACAACUUCCGGGCCAACCACCGCCUGUCGACCCAGGGCGCCACCGCGAACGGCGGCUGGGACGCGCCCAACUUCCCCUUCCGGACCCACGCGCAGGGGCACUACCUCACCGCGUGGGCCUUCUGCUACGCGUCGCUCCGCGACGACGAGUGCCGUGACCGCGCGGCCUACUUCGUCGCCGAGCUCGCCAAGUGCCAGGCCAACAACGGCGCCGCCGGGUUCACUGACGGCUAUCUCUCCGGGUUUCCCGAGUCCGAGUUCGUCGCCCUCGAGGCACGCACCCUCGACAACGGCAACGUGCCGUACUAUGCCAUCCACAAAACCAUGGCAGGCCUGCUGGACGUGUGGCGCCACCUCGACGACACCAACGCGCGCGACGUGCUGCUGGCGCUGGCCGGGUGGGUGGACUCGCGCACCGGCAAGUUGAGUUACGGCCAGAUGCAAGCGAUGCUGGGCACCGAGUUCGGCGGCAUGAACGACGUGCUAGCCGACAUCCACAAGCAGACGGGCGACGAGCGGUGGCUCGAGGUGGCGCAGCGGUUCGACCACGCCGCCAUCUUCGACCCGCUGGCGGCCAACCGCGACGAGCUCAACGGUCAUCACGCCAAUACGCAGGUGCCCAAGUGGAUCGGGGCGGCGCUGGAGUACAAGGCGACGGGGUCGUCGCGGUACCUGGACAUCGCCAAGAACGCGUGGGACAUGACGGUGGACGCGCACACGUACGCGAUCGGCGGCAACAGCCAGGCGGAGCACUUCCGCCCCCCGAACGCGAUCGCCGCGUACCUGGAGGAGGACACGGCCGAGGCGUGCAACACGUACAACAUGCUGCGGCUGACGCGCGAGCUGUGGCCGCUGGACGCGGCCAGCACGGCCUACUUCGACUUCUACGAGCGCGCGCUGCUCAACCACCUGCUCGGGCAGCAGGACCCGGCCGACAACCACGGCCACGUCACCUACUUCACGCCGCUCAACCCGGGCGGGAGGCGCGGGGUCGGGCCGGCGUGGGGCGGCGGCACGUGGAGCACCGAUUACGACUCCUUCUGGUGCUGCCAGGGCACCGCGCUCGAGACCAACACCAAGCUGAUGGACUCGAUCUACUUCCACGACGAGUCGACCCUGUUCGUCAACCUGUUCACACCAUCCGUGCUCACGUGGGCGGAGCAAAACGUGACCGUCACGCAGGCGACCGACUUCCCGGCCGGCGACACCACGACGCUGACGCUGGGCGGGGAGCCGGGCGAGGGGUGGGCCCUGUUCGUGCGCAUCCCCUCGUGGACGACCGACCAGGCCGAGAUCAGCAUCAACGGCGAGAAGGCCGACGUCCCCACCGAGCCGGGCACGUACGCGUCCAUCGAGGGGCGCGCCUGGAAGGCGGGCGACAAGGUGACGGUGCGCCUGCCCAUGACGCUGCGGACGGUGCCGGCCAACGACAAGCCCGACGUCGCGGCGGUGGCGUACGGGCCGGUCGUGCUGUCUGGGGACUAUGGCAGUGAUUCGCUGUCGUCGGUGCCGAACCUGAGCCUGGACUCGGUGAAGCGUGAGGGGAGCGAGGGCCUGAUGUUUACGGCGACUGCGGACGGGAAGACGGUGAAGCUGGGGCCGUUUUACGAUGCGCAUGGCAUGAAUUACAACGUGUACUGGGCCACGCAGGGGCAGUUACCGGCGUAGACUGGUGGAAGGGAGGAAUACGGGGGGCAGCAAAAUUCCUGCGUGCAACUUAGGUGUCAGCAUAGGUACCUCGACUUAAGCAUGCAUUACGUAUGCUUUUGUGACCACAUUUUCUCGAC